UGUAACAGCCUUUAUAAAAGGCGUGCAGUCGCUGUUAACUUGAUGGCCAAGUCGAGAUCCGCCAGCAUGACCGCGUUUUCUACACCUCAGGAGCAUCAGGAAAUGUCUGCUAAACAAAUCGAACAACUACAACAUGAGAUCCAGGAAAACCUCUCUAAGCUGCAGGAAGUGGAGCAGAAAACAUCGCGUGUUGAAGAAGAGAUAACUCACAGUAAGAGAGAAACUGAACGUAGAGUGGAGCUGAUGAUGGAAAACGGUGAACUUGUCCAUGCAUUACAGCAACUAGGUUGUCUUCUGCAGGAGGAAACACGACUCUCAGAGCAACUGAAGAGUCAAGCUGCCUCAGACGGAGUUCAAACGAGUCUUUUAGAAAAAAGGAGCAAGGCUGCCAAAGAGAAAACGAAAAGACUCGCUGCUGAAAUCCUGGAGGUGAAACGGCGACUGGCAAAACUUAAAGCUUGUAAAAAGCACAAGCUGCAGUCCCAGAGAAAACCAGCAAAUCAAAAACACAGCAGAGAAAGUAAAUCCAGACCUCUUGUGGACUACACACUUUUUUAUAUAAAUGUAUUAAUAAAUGUAUUUUUGCUAAAACCAAUAAAUGAUUUGUCUUUUAUUUACACUCCCUUGCAUACUAUUUAAAUAUAAAAGUCAUGC